AUGGAGAAUGAGGAUGGCUAUAUGACACUGAAGCCCAAGAAUCAUCUCAAAGUUAAGGAUAAAUCUGCAGACUUUGCUUGGUAUCCACAAUGUUAUUGUCUCAUGAUAAUAUUUGGAUGUGUUGGGAUCCUUGCUUUCAUGACAAUAAUAAUUGGCCUGGACUACCAGAAUAAAAAAAUGGAUUUCCUUCAAAAUGUAAAUAGCAGCAAUGUGGCAGGAAGUAAUUUUACAUGCCCAAACCACUGGCUGUUGAACCAAGAGAAAUGCUACUGGUUUUCAACUUCCUUUAAAACUUGGAAAGAGAGCCAACUUGAUUGUAAAAAUCAGCAAGCACACUUGCUGGUGAUUCAAAAUUUGGAUGAGCUGGCUUUCAUACAGAGCAAAUUAAAACCUGGACACUUUGGAUGGGUUGGACUAUAUGUUACACACCAAGGAAAUCGUUGGACCUGGAUAGACGAACACCUUUUAAUUCCACAAUUGUUCCCGGUGAUUGGACCAACUGAUCACAAUAGCUGUGCAGUCAUAACAGGAAGUCAAGUGUAUUCUGAAGACUGUAACUGCAAAUUUAAUAGCAUUUGCCAGAAAGAUGCUGUCAAAUUCACAUCUUCCAAUGUGUAA